AUGUCUCUAAAAAAUGACCAAGAGGUCGAGGUUAUUGGCAUUGCAACUUCGCAGUCUUUAAGCAGCGACACUCAAGAUGCGGGGGCGCUAAACCGCGGACAUGUCAGAGAGAAUCUGAACAGGUCGCUGACACCUCGUCACAUCAACAUGAUCUCAAUUGCAGGAGUGAUCGGGACCGGGCUCUACUUGGGAACAGGUAAAGCACUGGCUAACGGUGGGCCCGCCUCGCUGCUGAUUAACUACGGAAUAAUAGGACUAGUGGUAUACCUGAUUAUGUUGUGUCUGGGUGAGAUGUCCACGUUCAUGCCGAUAUCCGGCUCUUUUUGCUCGUACGCCAAAAAGUUCGGGUCCGGGUCGCUGGCAUUCACACUUAUGUGCAAUUACUGGUUCAAUGAUGCUGUAUCAGUGGCCAGCGAUCUGACUGCUCUGCAGCUCAUCUUGGACUACUGGAAAAACCCAAACUCGCACUUUCCGUACUGGGCUGCGUCAUUGAUCUUCUGGUUCGCGCUGCUGCUGCUCAACGUCGUUCACGUUCGCGUUUACGGCGAGGCGGAGUACUGGUUGGCCUUGCUCAAGGUCAUCGCGAUCAUUAUGUUCUUCAUCAUCUCCAUUAUUGUCAAUGCAGGUCACAACAGCGACCACGCCUACAUUGGGUUCAAAAACUGGGGUGUCGGCGACGCUCCGUUUGUUAAUGGUUUCAAGGGCUUUGCGUCUCUGUUUGUGUCAUCCAGUUUCGCUUUCGGUGGAACAGAAUCCAUUACUCUCACGGCUGGGGAGGCCGUAAACCCUGUUAGAAAUACUCCUAAAAUCAUCAAAACAGUAUUCUGGAGAAUUUUAAUAUUUUACGUAUUCACAGCCUUUUUCAUUGGCAUGAACGUUCCUUACAACUAUCCAAAUCUCAGUGAAAAGUCGGUCAUGACUUCUCCCUUCACCAUCGUCUUCCAGAUGGUGGGGUCCAGGGGUGCUGGGUCUUUCAUGAACGCUGUUAUCCUAACCAGUGUAAUCAGUGCCGGUAACCACGCGCUGUUCGCGGGGAGCAGAGUUUUAUUCAAUAUUGGGCUCGAAGGCUACUUUUUCCCCAGCUUCAUCACCAAAACUAAUAGGUACCAGGUUCCAUACGUGGCAGUAUUAAUCACAUGGGCUGCUGGCGGUCUGUGCUUUGGCUCAAGUUUCAUCGGUGCUGGCACACUGUGGACGUGGCUCCAGAACAUUGUUGGUGUAUCGAAUCAGCUUGCUUGGCUUUGCAUUAGUGUGAUCUCGAUCAGGUUUAGGCGCGGGCUCGCCAGGCAGGGGAAGACGCAUGAGCUACAAUUUGUCAACUGGACCUAUCCCUAUGGCCCAUAUUUUCUCGUGGUUUUUGUAACUUUCAUCAUCUUUGUUCAAGGCUGGUCGUCGUUUGCUCCUUGGAGUGUUUCCGACUUCUUUUCUUACUACAUUGAACUGAUAGUGUUCGUGGCUUUAUAUGCAUUCUGGUGGCUCUGGAAGCGCGACUCAUUUGUGAAGAGCGACGAGAUGGAUUUUGUCACGGACAAAUACGUUUCACCGGAAGAGGAGGUGCUACUUAAUGAAAGGCUCGAUAACCUGAAGGGCUGGAAAAAGGUGCGCCAAGUGGUGGACGAGUACUUCGUUUGA